UCAAUUUUCCACGACGAUGAUAAGGAUGAAACUGUUUUGGCUUCUCCUUUAUCCCCUUACUUUUUUUUUCCUACAGACCUCUGGACGGGUUUCACGGCACACAAAAAGAAAUCCAAAAAAGCUAAUGAGCACAAGGCUUUUUUCUUGGUUCCUCCGUUGCCUGAUCAUAAUCCAUCCAGAUCGGCAAGUUCGUGGCUGUGUAACUGUUUAUCGUUGAAUAGACACAAAACAACCUUUAUUCACCGAACACCACUGUGCCUGAGGGAUGGUGGUGGUCGAAACCGCUGA